AUAGCCCAGUUGUAAACGACAUCUCCCGUGGGGUUGUUGCUAACCAAAACGACCCCACGUUCCAUACCCAGUACAAAUCCAGGUCUCAACCCUCGCCCUCAGCUCCGUCUAUUCCCCUUCUUCGCUCCCCAAUCCUCCUUCGUUGACUUCCGAAUCUCUCUCCCCAAACUUAAAAUCUCCGACCCUUCCUCCGAGAUCGGUGCAACUUAUGCUUCAUUUUCGCCACUGCAAGAUCUAGUUAAAUCUCCACCGUACACCUGUGAUUUCAAGCUCUACUUGCUCAACUCCUCUUCAGAUCUGGGGGGUUUGAUUGCGAUUUUAAUUCUAUUGCUUGGGUUUGUUCAUCGAAAAUGUCGAUUUUACCGAAAGGCGAUUCGGUUCAAAUUAGGGAGGUUUGGAACGACAAUCUCGAAGAGGAGUUCGCGUUGAUCCGUGAAAUUGUCGACGAAUAUAACUACGUGGCUAUGGAUACGGAGUUCCCGGGGGUGGUUCUUCGCCCCGUGGGGAACUUCAAGAACAUCAACGACUAUAACUAUCAAACCUUGAAGGAUAACGUUGACAUGUUGAAGCUGAUUCAAUUAGGUCUCACCUUCUCAGACGAGCACGGGAACCUCCCUACUUGCGGCACUGAUAAUUUCUGCAUUUGGCAAUUCAACUUCCGCGAGUUCAACAUCAGCGAAGACAUCUUCGCCAGCGACUCCAUCGAGCUAUUGCGUCAAUGCGGGAUCGAUUUCAAGAAGAACAACGAGAAAGGAAUUGACGUGAGCCGUUUCGGGGAGCUUCUCAUGUCGUCUGGGAUUGUGUUAAACGACAGUGUGCAUUGGGUGACCUUCCACAGCGGUUAUGAUUUUGGUUACCUCCUUAAGCUGUUGACAUGUCGAAGCUUGCCGGACACACAGACUGGGUUCUUUGAUUUGAUCAAGAUGUAUUUCCCGAUGGUGUAUGAUAUCAAGCAUUUGAUGAAGUUCUGUAACAGUCUCCAUGGUGGGUUGAACAAGCUUGCGGAAUUGUUGGAAGUGGAGAGGGUUGGCGUGUGCCAUCAAGCUGGGUCUGAUAGUUUACUCACGUCUUGUACAUUUAGAAAGUUGAGGGAUACAUUCUUCAAUGGCUCUACAGAGAAAUAUGCUGGUGUCUUGUAUGGUUUAGGUGUUGAGAGUGGACAGACUAAUUGAAAGAAGAAGAAAAAAAAAAUAUAAUUGGUUGUAGAGUACUUCUAAGUGUGAGUCUUUUACUUGUGUACACUUCUGCCAGAAAAAUGGUUGUUGUUUACUUGUAACAUUUCAUCCUUGCUUGAACUGUAACUCAAACCUUAGCUGGUUUUGUUAGCUUGAGUUCUUUGUAAAUCACUUCAGUUUAGUGCUUCAAAUUCCAAUAAUAAUUUAUGAUGAUUCCUUUAGUUUGC